UGCGGUUCGGAGGGGGAAGGGGCUCAAGGGGGAACAGGCUGUGGUAGCUGUCCACCUCUGAUGGUACAUCUGCCGGACACAGGUAGUUUUAGGAGUGGGCAGAUGAGAAAAUGUACAAUGUGAGUCAAACAUAAAUGGUCAAAAAACUAGUCGAACAACUUUCAGUCAUAACCUGCAUAAACAAUGACUUGUUUUUACCAAUACUGUAUCAGUCCUAGACUAUGGACUUUAUUAUUGUACCCUAUAGUGCAUUUUGACUCUAACUGUCUGACACUUUGUGGCAGAAAUGAAAAGGACGCGAGUAACUGUAAGCACAACCAAAGAGACCACAAACAUUGUAUUUCAACAGCCUUUCCCACUGACAUGAGGAAAUCAUCUCUUGGUUUAACAGAGCAAUGGAGGUUUGCUCACGUAAAGAAAACAAAACCACAGUGUCAAACUUGUGUUGUGUCUGAUACACAGCCCAGCCCCCAUAACUUGGUCAAUGUUUUUGCUGCAAGUUAUAAUAAAUUAAAUAAAUAAUAAGAAAUAUAACAUGUCUUUGUUGCAACAACACAAAAGACCCUAUACCUGGGUUUUCUGAGUGGUCGAUCUGAGCCAUGGUGAUCAGGUGUCUGUUUAUCAACUCCUGGAGGAGAAAUUAAGGGCACAAAUUCAGAGAUUUUUCUCCAGAGAUGAAUACAAGAAGGAUUUUUAGCAUUAAAAUGGAUGGCGAGUAGGACUACCUGUCGUAGCUCAUCAGCCAUGAAGAAGGAUGGGGCGUUCGCUUUCGGCUGCAUGUAAGCCACAUGGGGAGCAGUGGGGGGAUAGAUAUGGUAGGUAGGAAACACCUGCAAUGAAACCAGAAAAACACAGCUUCCCUUUUAUUGAGAAUUGAAAACCUGUGGCACUAAGCAUGGUUUUUUUUUCAAACCUGUUGGGAAGGUUACACAAUACACUGACACCCUUUUGUCCCCCCAACAAAUUCUUUUUUUUCCUUGUCUGCAUUACAAAAGAAACCAAAACUCCUCCAUUUAAAUAACUACUUCAAACGUAGGAAAACAUAAAAGCGGGUUAGUGUGUUGUAGUUUAGGUUGAGUAAAGCUUCAUCUUUGCAUGUUUGUUACAGGAUUUACAGUCUGCUUGUUUAUGUACAGCUUGGUCUGCAAAUGCAUCCUGACUAAAACAAGGAGUGGGUCACAGUGUGCAGCACAUACCAUCCCAGCCAUUGGUGCCGGCGUGUUGUCUGUGUAGAAGUAGGUGGUCCCCCCUACAGUCUCUUUCUGGAUAAUGUGGGUGUUGGGAUCAGACGCAGUGGUGGGAACCAUGUAGUUGGCAGGGUUUGGGGUGUGGCUGCGUCGACGGGGGGCAGGUGAGCUGUGUGGUGUGAUUUUGGGAGAGUGGAGAGGCGAUGAUCCCGCAGACAGAGACAUGCCUAAAAUUGUUGGCAAAAAGAGGAGACACAGAUCAUUGACAGGGUGUGAUCAUUUCCUCUGAAAGAGACUUGUUUUUAUGUUAACAGAAGCACGUGUUGAAAACGUAAGCCAUCCUAGGGAUUCCAAAACUAGCUGUACUAUAAUAUUUCAGCACUUCAGAUGGAAAACAAAACUUGAACCAUGAUGGGAAAUGAUUUCUUAGUUAGUAACCCUCCCUCACCUGGAGCCAGUGCAGCUGCCGUGGAGCUGCUGAGGCCUGGAUGUGGAAAGAUAGGUGAAGGGAAAGCCUGGACAGUGGACUGAGCCAUGGUAGCCAUCCUUGGAGCUCCUUUGGGGAUGAACUCACUUGCUGCUGGGUUAGGAGUCUGGUGACACAGGCACACAAAUAAGUGAUUUAAAUGAAAUCUACCUCUCCUGUCAGAUAUCUCUUAUACAUAAGCGUCAUCAAGGGUGAAUGAGUGCUCACCUUUCUCCUUUGGGAAAUGCUGAGAGCACCAAAAUCACUGAAUAGUGAGGAUGUUGGGGAAUUCACUGGAUCUGCAGAAGAUCAAAUGGUAUAACAAGUUUAAUAGUAGUACUUAUGGUAUAUAACAAACAUGUGCUGCACCUUGGAGUACUAAAGGAGUCUUACCGUGAGCGCUGUGGCUGAAGUUCUUGGCACCAUCGUUUAGGAGACUGGGAGAACUGCUGCUGGUCGUCAUCCGCUGUUGUAAUCAUGUACAACAGACAUUUUAACAAACUGUAUGAGACAUAAAUUUCUGCAACAUGUUCAGUAAUGUAGUGCACAUCAGGUUGUCCUUGGACAGCACCAACUGCGAUGUGGUCAAAUAAUACAUGUAUUACAGAGACAGAUUUUUCAGAUUCUGGAUUUAGCAUGCAUUACCCCUCAAGUACCUGCAUCAUUGAGUAUUUUGACUCUGCUGGGCUUCCAAACCCAUUGACCCCGAUAAAGCUGCUGCUGAAGUAAGAGUUGGUAAGACUGGCAUCACUCAGGGUUGUGCCCUCCAUCCCGGGGACUGCGAGAGACAGACACAAAAGUUUUACUACUGGGAAGUUUAACCACAUACAAAUUUUAGUGAGAAGAUUCAGCACUUGAUAUAUGAAGAGAAAGUAUGCAUGUGCAUGUUUACACCUCUGGGUGCGUGGUUACGGAAUCGCAGGUGUCGUUAUCAGGCAUGUAAACACUACCUAAAGAGCCAAGUGCAGUGCAGUUAAAGUUUCCCACUAAGUUAUAAGCAUCAUAAGCACCACAUGAAAAAAGACUUGAUUUAUUUGUUUGACUUUUCAGUGAGCAUACUUAUCCUUGAGUUGCACAUGAGUUUGUUUACAUUGGAGAAAAAGCCCCGUGAACAGUUAACGUAGCUACGCUAAUGUUAGCAAACAUUAAACUUACGGGCUGACAGCAGCACACCAGCUUAGCACUCAAUUUAACAAGAAAAUCCAAGAUAAGUUCUUUAUCUAGAAACGCAUCUCUAAAAGUACAGCUCACACAUUUUAGUAAGUUAAAGUUUGCAGUUUAAUGCUGGUAAAGUUGAGCUAAGGCUACUUGGCUAAUAGCUACAGAGGCUAACUGCCGUGAGUCGCGGAUUCAGCCCACUCACAGCUGUCACACAAAAACAGCAGGCCUCCCCCGCGUCAGCUGCAACAGCUAAAGUACUUUAAUGUGAUGUUAUUAAGCACAAUUAAUGCCAACUAAAGGAGACCUGUUCACAGGAAAGCUAACGCCGAAGCUGCAUACGCUAGGCUUUGGAAAAUAUUUGGUAGGUAGCAGUGUCCCACGUUGUUUGGGGUGAAAAGGCCUCACUGAAUCCUCGGGCUAAAUUUUAACAAUGCCCCACAAGGCCCAAAAGUAAAGUCACAGUCAGUCACCCCGUGUGAGGCCUUGAUAUAUUAAAUCUGUUACUUACUGGUUAACAGCUGCCCCUCCAGAGACGUGCCUGCAGGCCCCAUUGGGUCACUCUUCUUGGACACAGCGGUCCCCCCGCCUGGGCAGGCCGCCGCAGAGCCACCGAGGGAAUACCCCGCUGGCGUCCCGCCACCCCCGGCCAUGGACAACGGGACGGGGCUACCGCCGCUUCCGUGCAGCGGCAGGCUUGCCAUGGACGGAUCCUCGUGCAGGAACUGACACUCGUCUCCAUAAAAGCAGGUUUUAUCUUUCGCGUAGUAUCGACAAAAUUUCACCUUGACAUUGGGUAUCCCGGCACCCCCGAGCGGAGCAGCUGAAGCUGGGAGUCCACUGUUCAUGGCACCGCUGCUGCCGCCGCCGCUACCGCCGGAAGACACUCAAACAUAGAGAGACGCAGAUAGCUGGCGAGCUAGCCAGCUAGCCUGCAAACACUUUCCCUAUAAAAUGUCACUCCAGCUGGUGAGGAACACUAAAUAAACUGCAGCAUUCACAUUAUAAGGCUAAGACGCAUCUGGUUUACGAAGUUAAGAGUGCACGUGUUGAAUCCUGGUCGUCGUUGUUGUCGCUCUCCAUGCAGCUGAGUCUUCGUAAAGUAGCCUGUUGUUGUUUUUGCUCGCAGUCUGGUUGCUCUGCUAAGGACCAGCUAGCAUAGCUUUGCAUUGUGGGUACGGUGUUCGGCAGCGUUAACCUGCUGCACAUGCAAGCUGCAGAUUGAAGUUACUGCACAGCACGGUAAUAAUAUCGACAAUGCAUCCGAAUAAUGUCAGGAUGUGUGGAGCCUUAAAAGCACGCUCGCUAUGUGACCAAUGCGUCUCAUUCAGCGUGGAAAAAAAUACGAUUAUAGCACAGACGAAUGGACAGAUGCAAAAUUAUAACAUUCAAAUGUGCAAAAGAGCAUCUUACAAGCAUAACAUGAAAAACCAAGCUUUAAGUUUGGGAAGAACAGUGGAGUCGAUGCUGGUAAGUUUAAUUUUUAUACAUUUAUUAGAAAUAGACAAAAGGCGAGAUAAGUCAAUUCACUACGUUUGGAUUUAGAAACAAAAAACCUGCUCCGUGCCUUCACUUGGUAAUCCUACUGAUGUUCUUCAAUUAUAUUUUACGAAAAAAAAAGGAAAUUAAUUAAUAAAUGAAUAAAAUAUCCUACAGGUACACCUUAACUUGAUACUCAGCAUAUCAUAUAACCUAUAUAUUGCAGCCAGGCGGGGCCGACAGCGUCAUUUCAGAGUCAUUUCCCCCAUAUAAAACUUGAAGCCAACUCAUCCGCAUGUACAAUAUCAUGGUGUGAAUGUCUGACUUAGAGCAUGUGAAAGGUUCAGGGCACAGGCAGAUCAAUAUGAUUGUUGGUAAGUCGGAUUAUUUAAAAGUCUCUUCUAUGACUAUUUGUCAUUGCAGCAUCAGAACUAAUCAAAAGAAAGUAUUUAGGAAUGAUUGUGAUUUUCUUUUCUUUUUUAUUCUCUAUGUUUUAUUUUGUCUUUGAGUAUUCAGUAGUCUGCCUCAGAAAUAAAUUCUCCUUUGAUUCAGCUGCAGAUCAACAGUAAAGUUUAAGGAUGGUUAUGAAGAAGGUGAACAAGUACUUGAGAAACUUGUGAUCAACAUAUGGAAACAGUCUGAUCACAGAGUAACUGAACUAAAUGAGUGAAAGUCUUUCAAAGGUUGAAAAUUAUUGACGACUAUAUAACACAUGUAAAACACAAUGUAUGUUGCUUGCAUUUCACCCAAACCUGUUCAGCUGUUCAAAGACUUAUAAGUAUGUUAAAAAGAAAAACAAAUAUGAAAGUCUCAUAAUAAAGUCACAUAUUUUACCUUUUUUUAAGCUGUCUUCCUGCUGUGUGCUGUAGAGCUGCACGGCUCUUAUGGUUUGGCAGUACAGACUCCAGUCUGUGAACCCAGUGAUGAGGUAAAAAAAAGUGUACUGUGUGUGACUGAUCAACUAAUUAUAUUCAGGCUACAUGUCUUUGUUAUUUACCAUAUUUUUCUGAAAAAUCAAUGAGUAAAGAGUGUACUUUUUACUUAAGUGUGUUAUAAAAUGUGCAUAGAUUAGUUUAACGUCCCCAAAAGUCCUGUUAAGUUCUCUAUGCAAAGUAGGUAGUCGCUGUUAAUGUCAUCCAAACUUAGGACAACAUUACAAAGAUACACAUUUCUGCGUUUAGGAGAAGAUACUCUUCAGUGGAUACACUUAGAGGCAAUAAAACAAAACUGUAAGGAGGAUGUAAAUCAUCCAUGAGGGAAAAAGAUCACACUUGUUUAAACUCCUGUGUUUUAUCUCUAAAGAGAUACGGGCAGAGAGCUGUGAAAACAGGAACAUGACAAGUUGAAAUGUAUCACUUUUAAUUCAAAGUAGAGGAAGUGCAGGUGUUAAGAGUUCAAGUAUUCAUGUCUGAAUUUCAUUGAACUGCUUUAGUUUUGGGGUCCCGGUAUUGUGUACUCAGCUUAGCUCAUCUGGUGAGGUGAUAGUGGUUCUUUUGAUGUCUUGUACUAAGUACUUUAAAUUUACAAUGAACCGAAGUGUGCUACAUAAAUAAUCUUGCCCUGCCUUGAAUGUUCAUUUUUAACAGUAGUUACACCUGAGCUCUUCCUACAAAUAACUUGUCAAGUCAACACUUGUGUAAAUCCAAAGUUUGAUUUUGAGUUAAAAAUUAGAGUCCAUUUGAUUUGUGGUAGAAAAAGUAUUGAUGGUUUUUAAAAUAAAAAAACAGGAAGUAAUAAGUCUUAUCAGUGUUUUAUACCAUAAAAUACUAGUUGAAGUGCUUUUUGUGUGUUUGUUCUAAAAUUUACUUAAAACCAUCAGAUUAUCUUGAAUGCUCUCAACACAUGGUGAUUCAAGGGUGUCUUUUCUUUUCAAGGUGGCAUGUUUUGUCCCAGCUGAUUAUCUGAAUGUGUCCGGUCCCGUCAGCAUAGACGUGUUUAUUGGCAAGAGUCUUGUCAUUUCCCUGGAUCACUUCUCAAAAUCCUCCAUCUGCCACUGGAUCAGAAGAGCAGAACCUAAGCUGACUGUGUAAGUGAAUGUCCCUUUUUUGGGUGCCUAUCUUCUUUUUUUUAACAUGUGAUGGGUUAAACUCAAAACUUUUUCUGAACCACCAGAAAUGGGAGUCAGUUGAUGGUCCUUCAGCAUCUUUCCGAGGCAGACUCAGGGGAGUACACGCUAAGCUGUGGAGGCAGCCAUGAGAGCCGCUCGUCUAUAGCUGUGUCUCUUCAUGUCGGGUUGAGUGAGUAAUGCCUCUCAGCAGAUCAGCAUUGGACCAUGUUGGGCUGUUGAAAAGAGGCAAUAAGACUUUGAUCACUUUUUUUGUUUUUAAGAACGUCCCUCGAAACCAAAGCUGACACUGGAAAAAGUGGAUGUAAAGUUAAAUUCCCCUGACUUCUCCUGCAUCUCUGAUGGCGACCCAAAGCCCACCAUACAAUGGUCUGGGUAAGUUCUUAUGCAUUACAUUUGAGUGCAUAUUUACAAAUGUGCAACAUAAUGAUAAAAGCUAAUUUAAGAUGAUUACAUCAUGGUUUGAUCCUGUAAAUAAAGUCCCUUUUUCUUUUGAACAGAGAAAAUGGCAACAUGUUUUCUGGAAGCAAAAUCUCCAGUGGUGAAUAUUCUGACAGUGGAGUUAUGUGCUGUGCCACUAAUGCUGAAGGACAAGAGUGCUCCCAACUGUAUGACUAUGGUAAUAAAAUAUCUCCUAUUGUAUUUAUUAGGUACUUUUCAGCAGCAAAGAUUGUCAAAGUACUUUUCUAAGUUGUGGACUGUGAAAAUGUUUGGAGGAGUGAAUUGGUCUAUUGCCAAGAGAAGGUCAUGCAAUGGACACUUCUAAUAAACGAUUUAAGAAUAUCUUAACAUAUGUUUUACAGACAUGGAGACUGAUGGCAUGAAAGAUUCAGAGGUUUCUAAUGUGACUCUGAGCCCUGGUCAACCUUUAGUGCUGCGCUGCAGCGUAAAGAGGUUCACCCGGCCAUAUUUUGUGUGGGAGAUGGGCAACGUAAGAAUCGUCAAUAGCUCACUGGCAUGCUCUUCAAAAGUCAAAAAGGAGGUACAGCGAAUUCAUGCCAACCUUAACUUUGUAUUUUCAGUCAAAAUAACCUGAAAUUGAAAUCACCCUAUUCUAUAUAAGACUAAAAAAUGUGUCAAAUUGUGUUUCUGCCACAGAUCUGCAUCAAAAAUGAUACAUUCUAUGACAACACAAUGACUUACCUGUACAUUGAAUCAGUUAGUGUGAAGAACACUGGCACUUAUACCUGCAGGAGUCCAUCAAACAAAACAAAGUCUGUCUAUGUUAAUGUUCAGGGUAAGUAAACCCAAGUUUACUUUCUCUUUGAAUUCAAGAAAGUGUUUUUCUCAUUUGUUAAUGCAUUGAUUUCAUUUUUGUGUUUCGUCAGCUGAAGGUUUCCUCUCUUCCCAGCUGAAUGACAGUAAAAUCUUACCUGCAAAGAGUGCUUCAGACUCCUGUCUGCAAGCUAAGGUCUCUUACCACCCUGUGCUCCAGCGCUGUUACUGGGAAACUCCUGAUAAAAAUGUGACUAAAUGCAUCAGGGACCAAUGGGUGACUCAACACAGGUAGCUGCAUGAAGACUUGAGUCAUUUCUGCUAGGCAUGUUAGAAGUCUGUGAGCAUGGAUGGACCCCCUUAAAAUACAAACAUGUGAGAUAUUUGAUAGAUGAAGAUGUACACUCUGGACAUGUCAUUCAUCCAAUACUCUCUCCCCAGCACUGUGAAGCUUUGUGGUCAUCUCAAGUCAGGAGAUUACAGGUUACACUUAGAGGCUGGAGGACAAAAAGAAACAAAGACUGUGUCAGUGUGUGUUGUAGGUGAGGAAGUAUUUUCUGUUUCUCAUAUCACCUACAUACAGUUAUAUUUUAUGUUUUUUAAUGUUGUUGUUCUCUGAUUUUAUUUCAGAUCCACCUAAAUUCAAAUUCAGCUCUGAUGAGGUUGAUAACACCUACACCUUCAUGACUGCCAGUCUUGUGCCUGCAAAUUACACCUGGAUGUUUUGUUCCUCAGCCAAUGACAGGUACUCGUUGAUAAAUCUGCAGCCCUGAUUUGCUCUUAAAUGCACAUUUUCUUAACUCCUUGUUUCCUUUUUUUAAUUGUCUUUCAGCGAUUGUGACUCAGACUCUUCCUGGAAAGAGAUCUUGUCUGCCUUUGGAUCAGACUCUAACGUCUCAUGUAGUAAGACAAUCAAGAGCUCUGUCAGCCAAGACCUGGUGGGUGGACACAAUGUAAGAUUUUGCCUGACAAAUUUGGUUGGCUCCUGGUGCCAAACCCAACUGAUAUACCAAUCAUCAUCACCCUCCGCUUCCAGAGGUAGUGAAAACCAUGUUAUAUAGAAAGACAGUGGAAUUAUCUUGAUCAAGGAUCUUGUUUUUGAUGAGUGUGAUGAUGGUCUUUAUCUGCCUUACUGCUUUUAGGUGAUCUAAAUGAUGAGAACAGCAGUUUGUUGGUGCUGAAGGUUGGCAGUUUGAUUCUGUUGCUGGCUUUAGCAGCGGUUAGCAUAAUGCUAAUGUACUUUGUCAAAAAGAAGGUAAAUACACAUAUAUAACACAUGAACAUGGGUUUUGAUACAGAUAAUACCCACUUGAUGAUAUGACUGAUUUGCUUUCCUGACAGAAACCUCAGUAUCAGCCCCAGCUGCAGAUAAUCCAGAUGGUCGGACCCAAUGACAACGACUAUAUCUACAUCAACUUCAAGGACUUUGAGUACAACAAGAAGUGGGAGUUUCCCCGAGAGAACCUGGAACUUGGUACAAACUGCACCAGACAUGAGCAUAAAAAAAAGAAUCAUCAAAGCUCAUCUGAGGAGUUUUUAUCUGGAAAUGACACAGACUGAAAACAGGACUGAUGUCUCCUUAUCACAUGCAUACACAAACAAGCACAGACUGAUAUUUCUAUGUCAUCAUUUUAUAAAGUUUCCACCGGUCUGAAAGCAGAUUUCUGCUCGCAAGAAUGUAAUUAUAAUAAUUAUCAUUACAUUCACGCAAUUAUUAUUGAGAAAUAAGUUAUAUUUAUAAAAUAAAAAGUUAAAAUGAAUCAAUAAAAAGCAGAUAUGAUGAGUAUGUCCUAAUAAUGAGACAAAGUCAUGAUUACAAAAUAAAGGCAUUGCUCAACAUUAACGGACAAAAACAGUUGAAAAGUCAUUAAUAAUUGUGAAAAAAAAGUCAAAAUCACAUGAUAAAUUCAACAGAUAAGAUAAGAAUUCAUUUUUAGAAGACAACAUAAACUUAAAGGGAUUUUUUUUUCAUCACGGCCAAUUGCAUUUUUUUUUUAUCCUUUUACUGGAGGAAAUGGGCAUCCAUACACAGGAAAAGAUGUUUAACUGCACAAAGCUAAACCUUCGGUCAUUCAGGCAGUCAUAAGUCAUAAAAUUAUUCUUUUUGGACUAGUAAAAUACAAAUAUAUGUUAUUGUUGGAAGUUUCAUCUCUGAUUGAUUGAUCCAACAGCAUCGCAGAAGCUAUACUGUAUAUUUGCCUUUAAGAUCAAUUUGAGCAAAAUCUUGAGAUGUGGUGACACUCAAGUGUUUUUGUAUAUUCUUCAGGUAAGGAGCUCGGCUCUGGGGCUUUUGGCAUGGUGCGCCAGGCAACAGCUUAUGGCAUCAACAAGCCUGGAGUCUCGCAGCAAGUGGCUGUCAAGAUGCUCAAAGGUCAGUGUCUUUGUGUUUUUAUUCUCAAGGGUGACAUGCAAAAUGUCACUUAGGUCAGCUCUGUGGUUGAUGUGGGAAUUGAUCCUUCAGAUAAACACCAGACUGUGGAGAAGGAGGCUCUGAUGUCAGAGCUCAAGAUGCUGACUCACAUCGGUCACCAUGCCAACAUCGUCAACCUGCUGGGGGCGUGUACUGACACAGGUAUGUUUCCUAUUGCCUCUGAAUCUUUACAUCUAUUAACAUUGAAGAAGUCUUUAUGUCCUCUUACUACCCUGGUACUGUAUGUUAUAGACAUUUAAAUUAAAGUUCAUUGCAUGUGGUUAAAGUUAAGUAUUGCUUAUGAUGAUUACUGGUAUUUCUCACACAGGACCAACAUACCUGAUCUUCCAAUACUGCUGUUAUGGAGAUUUAUUGAACUACCUGAAGAAAAACAGAGAGCACUACCACAAAUCUGUGACUGAUGCUUUCAACAAGGACCGCUUCAGCAGCCUGUACCACAACCUGCAGUCAAAGACAAGCUCCAGGUCUGGAGGGGACAAAGAGUGCUGAGAAUAGCUCGGAGAUAAUAGAGGGAUUAAAUUUAAAAAGAAACAUGCAAUAAAAUUGUGGGUUUAUUUGUUAACGGCUUUUAUUCACAGUGAGGUAGACUCAGGAGUGGGUAAUUACAUGCCCAUGCACCGCGCCACCACCAGAGGGCAGGAGGACAUCGCCCUGCUCAUGAUCAACUCUGCAGAGGUGGACAGCUUUGAAGGUAUAAAACAUCAGCCGAAGUUUGAACAUGCUUGUUUUCAAAAUAAUAUAUUCACGCCUGCUUGUUAUUUAAGUGGGGUUGAUUUUAACUCAUUAUCUCCAGAUCCAGAGGUCUUUGAAAAUCCAGAUGAUCCUGCAGAGGACCUCCAGACCCUGACUUUUGAUGAUCUGCUCAGCUUUGCCUUCCAGGUGGCCAAAGGCAUGGAGUUCCUCUCCUCCAAGAAUGUAAGUGACGGGGAGCCAAAUAAACUGAUUUCUGCCAUCCUAUUGUUCAUUUUUUUAUGCAGAAAAAAAAAACAACAGAUGCAUUUGAGUAAGUUUUAAAAUUUUACUCACCUUUUAUAGACCAAAUUUUCAAUCCAGAAAACCCAUUUGUCAAGAUAUUAAUGAUAAAACAAAAAUGUUGCUCCCCAAACUUCUGACUUCAGGUUAAAAAUAUUGUUAAAUAUAGGUGUGCUAAUUUUCAGAUAUGUUUUUUUUUUUACAUAUAUACUGUGGGAUUCUUAUAAUUGAAAAAAUAAAGCCCCUCCUGUGGCAUAUGUUAACCUGUUGCAUUAGAUAACAGUCCAGUUAUUAAACAGAAGUACUAUAUGGCUUAAGGCUGGUACAAAUGGAUUAUGUGAGGUGUGACUGAAGUCCUGAUGUGCUCUUUGGUCUAUGUGCAGUGUAUCCACAGAGAUCUGGCAGCUCGGAAUGUGUUGGUGACAAAGGGCAGACUGGUGAAAAUUGGUGACUUUGGACUGGCCCGAGACAUCGAAAAUGACUCAAACUACGUUGUGAGAGGAAAUGUAUGUACAUUCAUUUUGACAGUCCUUUAUUUUAAAUUUGUGUUUCUCUUUCAACACAUUAAACUUGGCACAUCCUUGUCGUCUGUCAGGUGCGUUUGCCAGUGAAGUGGAUGGCACCAGAGAGCACCUUUCAGGGCAUUUACACCAUGAAGAGUGACGUGUGGGCUUACGGCAUCCUGCUCUGGGAGAUCUUCUCACUCGGUAUUCCUUGUUGAUGAGCAGUGCCUUUAAAAACAGGCCUAUUCUCAAUUGUUGCACAAUGAUAAACACCAGCUCUAACUUCAUGGUCUCAGGUGUUACUCCGUACCCAGGCAUGAAGGUGGAUCACACAUUCUACUCGAUGAUUGAGCGAGGGUUUAAGAUGGAGUGUCCUUACUACGCUGACGAUGCUGUGUAGGUGUUUUAAGUUUUAAUGUUUCUGAGUUUUGAGUCCAGUUUUCGAAUCAGCUCUAGGCACUGCUGUAAUUUUAAUACUUUCAUAAUUUGCACAAUAACAAUAAUUAAGUAGCAGUAUAGAACUAGAUCCUAUAAACAUGUACACUGAAGAUACUGCAUUAUUUGCAUUUUACUGAAGUGUUUCUGAUAAUAUUUUCAGUAAGAACUUUUUUCAAUACCAUACUCAGAAUCCCCUUCCUCUGUGACUUUCCUCUGCAGGUACAAGAUGAUGUGUGAGUGUUGGGCCCUGGAUUCCUGCGACCGUCCGUCCUUCUCUAAACUGGUCUCUUUCAUGUGUGACCAUCUCAUGGAUAGAGAGGAGAAGGUACUCUAUGUCUGAAGAGAAGAUCAACAUAUCAUGGGUUUUAUCCUUUUCAGCUCUAGAGAUGCAAACACAAUGACUGGUCUGUAUUCUCCUCAUUCCUCUUUUAGCUCUACCACAACAUGAUUGAGCAGACACCCAGUGUCUACCAGAACGCAGCAGAUGUUUUGGAUCUUUCUGCCUUGGCAAUGCAGAGCGAGAAAAACUCCAAACCAACCAACGACUACUGUUCAAAUCCACCAACUGAAGGCAGUACUGCAGAACCUUUGGACGUUGUGGCAUCUGAGAAGCUGCUUCUGAAGACAUCAAACGCAGAGUAAUCACCUAUCGCUGAAUGCAUACUAAUUCAAUGGGUGUAACUAUAUUUUAUCUUAUUGUUUGUAGUUAAGUCAAUAGUUCUUUAUAUUCUACUUAAGGUUACAGCAAAGCAAACAAGUUUUACAGAAUGUACGAGAAUCCAUUUCUUAUUAUGACGAUGUAUUCUGAGUUUGGAUAAUAUGGUACUUUGUUGUCUUCUGAGUUUUCACAGUGCAGCUUAAAAAGAAAAACAUAUCACAUAGACAGAUAUCAGUUACUCUCAGGUUAAAACGUCUGUCUUCGUAUUGUAGCCACUCAGUAUUAAACACAACAUUUGAUGCAGCUACAAACAAUAAUGCUUUCAACUAAUGUUAUGUGAUGAAACUUAGAUAUUUUGUUGUGUUGUCUUUCAUGGCUAAGCCUAUGUUUAUAUAUUUUUCAUUGUUUUUUCUAUUUCUUAUCAACCUAAAGUUUUUUUUAUAUAUAUUUUGUACAUGUUUAAGCAUGAUACAUGCAAUUAAAGACACUUAAAAUUUUCAAUCA